AUGCUGGAUACUUCUCAAGCUCCAAAGCAGAUCGACCGUAAAAGCGAGGCCGAAGACGUCAUUUCCUCAUACAAAGACCCCGAGAGUAUUUUCGAGAGGUCGCUCAGUACAAGUCCUUUCAAGUCAUUACCACCGUCGAGGAGAAAUUCUCGUGUGGGUUUAAGACCCAAUGGCAGGUCCAUGUCGGUGGUUUCAAAUGGGUCGGUGUGUUCCCUAAACCUGAUUCCGGCUCAUUACAGUACAGAGGACUUCGUUGCUCCUGUUUUGGAUACGACUACAGAGAUUUUGACAGACCCCGGAAUCGACUACAGCGAAGUCACUAUUGUCUCAUGCGAAUGUGAUGAUUCGGCAUGCCGGUCCAGACACAGCAGACACAAGGACAGCAAGGCUUCUCUGCGGCCAGGCGUACUCAAUAGAAGUCGCUCCAAGUCUCGUUCUUUCAUUUGCAAUAGUCUCAUGGGAGCAUUCGAUACCACCGAUGAAGUCCGUGAGGAGGAGAAGGAGGACGCAGAAGAGUUCACAACUCCUGUGUCUCCAGAGGGGAAAACCAUCAAUUUCUACUCGUUUGCUGAUGUUGUGAAUGGUGAGAAUGAUUUAGAGAAGUUCAACGCCCAGCCUAUGAGUGAGUUCUUAACAUAG